GCAAAACGAAUGAGAAAAAAAAUCUAAAGUAUAAUAACAACAAACUUGAAAAUGUGGUACCUAAGAUGCACAUUGACAAACUAAAGCAACAAAAUGAAUCAAGGGACAACUAAGUAGCCCGUAAACAUACUACAAGUAAUAAAAAUGAGUUUGGUAUGGGUCGUCAAAUAGUGAGGGAAUGAUAUAUCAUAAUGUAUAAUUAACUGACCAUCUUGGUGGUUGAUGAUAUUUUAGUAGUGAGUUAUGGGUCGUCAAAUAUUGAGUGGGAGGGAUAAAAUACCCAUGAACUUAUAUUUCAAUAUUGAUCGGUAUUUCAGUAUAAUACCAAUCGCAAUCUCGUAAUAGUUAAUACCAAAUAGCACCUUGAAAUUCUAUUUCAAUCUCAUGAAAUAAUACUUGUAUUCAGUUAUAUGAAAUAUCAAGAAAUUCGAUAUUGAAUUCAGUAUAUCCCAAAUAUCGGUAUCAAACUUCCAUCAUGUUCAUACUCCAUUUUUUUACACUUAAGCAUUUUUCAAUGCAGAUUGGAAGAGGUUUUGUGCUACCUUUUGACUUUCUAACUCCUUAUUGGAGAUGGCCUAAGUAGCAAAAUGGUAAAGUUCCAGAAAUGGAUGGACAUGGCUUAACUAUCCUUGUGGGUGUGCGAGGAGGCACUCACGCACAUGGCCUCCAUAACCUUCAUUAUGUAUAAUGCUAAUUACUUUUAUGGAGUAUCAAUUUUUAAUUAUACAUUCAUAAAAAGUUAAUGUAUUCAAUUUUGAUUAUGUGUCUUAUACAAUAAAAAAUAAUCUCAAAGUCUAAAAUAACGAAUGACACAUGAAAGAAAAAACUUGCUUUCGUAUUAUACUAUUUUUUCAAACCAUAUAAGCGAACACAUUCUUUAUCCUUUUUUUAGAGAUAAUUAGAGAGAUGAGAUUGCCUAUGCCUAUUAUUAUUAACUCUUUUUUUUCAUAGGUAGAUCAUAAUAGAUAGGGUGUUACAAUGCGGUGAAAAUGAAAAAACGGUAGUCAACCAAAUGGGUUGCUACUGAUACAAGGGCCGUUUGUGCCACGCAAUGGGCAUCCCUGUUAGUAUGCCAAGAAACAUAAAAAAUGAAUAAAUGCAAAAGAAAACUUCUUUCGGCAAACUUCUUGAAGAACCUUCUAUAAGCCGAUUUAUGCCGAAUACAAAACCUGCAAUGCAACACCCAGCAAAAAUACCAAAUACAAGUGUAUAAUUAAAUAUAUUAGUGAGUAAGAAAUAAAAGUCUUAAACUUGUAACUAUCUGAAGCGAUCUGCAUCUAGGAUUGAAGCGAUCUCCAAAUUUGUAACUACCACAGGAAUUUGGAUGCGAGAAUUGGAAUCACGAAGAGGGAACGGAAUCGCCAUUGCUAUACAUUGGUCCGCCAAAUUGCCAGCCCUUGUGUCGAGUCAAUCGGAGAUCAAUUGGCGAUUCGGGAGAAGAAACUCGGGCAUGACCUGAAGAAGAAUGGAUUUCUACCAUAUUUAUGGACAAAGAAUCAUGCAAGCUUGUCCUGGAAAGAAAGAGGACAAGACUACGAGCAUCUAGGAUCAAACGACAAUUGAUUCGGAGUCCGGACGAGGGAGAAACGAAGCAUUGAAUAUAGGGGAACAGGUUCGGCGGAAGAAACACGGGCUGACUACCCUAAAAACACAACCGUGUUUCAUCUGGCACCUGCCAGUUUUUUUUAUGCCGAGCCUCUCUUGUGAAGACUGCUGAAGGGAUUCAAAACAUGGGCGGGACAAAACACGGGCAUGACUAAACACGGGCGUGUUCCCGAUCGUGGUUUUGCCCCCUGCCCGGGUAUAAGUCUAUUUUCUGCAAUUUUUGAGAGGGGAGAGCUGGGUUUUGGAUCCCAAAACACCCAAGGGAGGAACCAAAGAGAGAGAGGGAGAUUUGAGGGCACUCUUGGAGUGGAAUUGGAGGAUUUCUUUGCCUUGGGAAGCUCGAGGAACAAGCCUGAACUUGAAGACUGAUCAUCUGAAGAUUCUUACUGCAGUCUCUCUCUUCUCUAUGGAGUAACUUCCCUUCACUUAGGUUUUGAGGAACCCUAGCUAUGUUUGUUUGAUUGGAUGAUUGUAUGGGUGCUCUUACUUGAUAAUCAUGAGUUCAUAUUAUCUAUGCAUGUUUUCCUGAUUCAAUUCUGCUUUAGUCGAGAUUAUUGAUUUUGCUUUGAUCCUAUGAGAGCGAAUACCUGAUUAGGUCAAUAGAGCACCAUAGAUUGGUAGUAUUGGAUCGAUUGCUUUAGUUGAGGGUCGAUUCACUGCUUUGUAUCAAUUGAUAACCUCAUUCGGUAGAGGGAAUCUAGUUCAGAACGCCUUGAUCGGUUGUUCUAGAGAAGGAUACGUCCCUCUAGGCAAUUGACUCAAGAGGGCCUUGUUCCUUUAGUCGAGACUCAAGGUCUAGUUAAGGAUUCUUCGCAUUGUGAAAUGAAAGUGAAACAUGUUAGAGAUCAUCAAUCAUUAAUCUGGCUAGUGGCUAGGGGGAAUCAUACCUAAGUGAGUUUCCAACCUGUAAUUAGAUUAACUUAAACUAUAGUUUGCUAGAGUAGUUUUAGUUGUUCUAUCUUAAUCUGGUUUGCUAGAUAAUGAAAUGAAGCUGAGUAAUAGUAACUCUAGAGACAUGUGGAUUCGAUAUUUAUUACUUGAGCCACUAUACUGUAGUCCCUUUUAUUGGUUACACUUGGCCUUUGUUAGAAGUUGUGUCAUAGCGAGUCACCCGCAACCGUCACGCCUCCUGCCGCUAAUGAGCCAUAGUGCGAGAGCGCAUUUGCCGUUGAAGUCAAUCCCGCCCGCCGUCUUUUCUGUCUUCUGAAUCUUGCCUCCAUCGGCGACUGUUGGCGUGGUGGAACACUCCAAUCGCUCCUUAGGGCAUCUGAACUACUGUUUGUCUCAUGCGGGCUUGUUCUCUCUGGCUUGUAGACGCAAUCGAAGGCUCCCUAACCGAUCUCAUUCGACUUGGAGAAGAAAUUGGUGGUCGCUUGAAGCGUGGGGGGGGGGGGAUGGAGAGGUUUGGAGUUUCCCUAUUAUUACUAACGUUAACUACAAUAAAACACAAGCGAGCAACAAUAAAAAAGAAGUAAAUUAAUUAUAAAUAGUUCGUAACAUACCUAAUUUUAUACUAACAAUGUAUCACUUUCUUUCUAUCUUCUAUUGUUUUUUCUAUUAUUUGUUUCUACUUUUCGAUUCUUUUAUAUUCUACUCUCAGACUCAAUUAAGUUUUCAUCAUCUAUUCAGGAGAUUUGUGUUAAUUGAUUAUUUAUUAAUUUAAUUACUAUUAUAAUUUUUUUAAAUAAUGUUUUAAUUAUUGAUUAGUAAUUUAUUUACAUUUUAAUAAAUUUUUAUAAAAAUAAUUUUGCUCACAUUCCAUUAUUGAACAUGAACUCCAAUUCCAGGGGUCAUUUGCUUUGUGGAUUUGAAUAAUGAAGGUUUUUGUAUAAUUUGGAUUUUGAAAAAUCAUGGAUAUACGAGGGUUUUGGGCUCAUUAUGGAUUUGAAAAAUACCAUUGUUUGUUUCAUGAAUUUUAUGAUGGAUUUUGUUAAUUAAAUAUGUUUGCAUAAAGUGAAAUUUACUUUUGCUGCCCUCAAUGAUAUAAGAAGAAAAAGAAAAUAUGAGAGGUAGGUUGGUAAAAAAUGAUGGACUUCAAAAUCCAUCAUCAAUUUCCACCUAAAAAGUAAGAUUUUCAAGUUUGUGCGAUCCACGAAUUUGGACUCUCAAAGUCGAUAGGUUCCAUGAUCCAAAUCGUUCACCAAACCAUGCCGCAAAGGACUUCAUUUUGUAAUGAAAUAACUACUAAAAU